AUGGACCCCAUUACAGCCGCCGGGCUGGGUCUCAGCAUCACCUCUUUGGUACUUCAAUUGUUCGGUGGAUGUAUCAAGGGCUACGAGAUCUUUCUAGAUAUGGUCGGGAUGCCAGCCAAGUUUGCACAUCUUCUAGUGCGGAUGCAGCUCGAGCGGACUCGUCUUCUGAACUGGGGCGAAAAGGUGGGACUCCUCGAAGAGGUGUUGGAGCAACCCAGUAUGACCUUACACCUUCAUCGCAACCUGAUAGUCGACAUUCUGUUCGAAAUUCAGCGAUUGUUCAAGGAAUCUCUACUUAUUCAGGACAAGUUUGCGAGUGUAGGUAAUCUGAAGGAGGAUCGUGCAUCCCCAAGGACUAUUGACCAAGCUUCAAGCCAAUUUCAGCCAAAAAAUAAUGGAGCCCUACUCGAAAAGGCUCUCAAAGCGUUGAAAACGGCCGCUGAAAUCCCAACAAGACUGCAAUGGGCCCUCGUGAAACAAGAGAAGUUCGAGAUUCUGGUUGAGAAACUCAUUAGUUACAAUAACUCGAUUGUCUCACUUCUCGACAGAACAACAAUCCAACAAAUUUAUGACAUGCAGAUACAGACUCAACUGACAAUGCUUCAGGUGAGUAGCAAGGUAGACGACUUAAAACAAUUAGCACUCGCUAUUCAAAUGCAGACACAUAGUAGUACUCCAGCCUCGGUUGAGAUCCACAUUGGAAGCCAAUCUGGACCAGCCAGAAGUCACACAGACGAUGCUGCCAGCUUUGCACGACUUACCAACUUCAAGGCUCAGCAGAUCAAUCUUGACCUGGAGUCUUUGAAUGACAGGCCUGGGCCCUUAGAUGGGGAAUUGACAUCCCGUGACACUCGGUGUGCCACAAGAUCUCUCGCAUUAUAUGGUGGGCAAAGGGUCUGGAUAGAAUGGAAAGAGUAUGAUCCAGACCAUCAAUUGGUUUCGUGGCCUCAGAUGAUUGGAGAAAGAGUCAAAAAGCUUGCCAUUCUGCUAGGCAUAGAAGAUACUCCUAAAGAAUUCAGAGCUCCAAGAUGUCUCGGAUAUUUUCAGGAUAUUUCAGAGGAUGCAGCCAGGUACGGUCUCGUGUACAAAAUCCCUCCCGGUCUGGUUGAAAGCGAGCCAAUGACCCUCCUUGACUUGAUCCAACAGGAAGGCAAGCCAUCGCUCACUCGGAGGAUUGGACUGGCUCACAAAAUAUCAGAAAGCAUCAUAUACCUACACGCAGUCAACUGGCUCCAUAAAGGCGUCCGAAGCGAGAACAUCGUAUUCUUCGCAAUGCCUGGACAGAUGCCCGAUCUCGCCUCACCCACCAUCUCUGGCUUUGAAUAUGCAAGGCCGGACCUCCCAGAGGAGCUCACGGAGAUGCCCUCAGAAGACUUCCAUCACGACAUCUAUCGACACCCUGAUGCAAUUGGUCGUGCUGAAACACGUUCCAGGAAAUCAUGGGAUAUUUAUAGCCUGGGUGUUGUCCUGGUUGAAAUUGCUUUCUGGAAGUCCAUUGCAGAUAUAGUCGGUCUUCAUGAGACACAAAAGGGUGCUCGCUCAAAAUUGAGGCGAGUGAGAGAUACGCUACUGGAUGAUCAAUUUCUCAGGCAAAUUGGUGCGGAGGUAGGAGAGAUAUAUCAAGGUAUAGUACGGCGUUGCAUCGAAGGCGGAAUGGAUCUUGGCAUUCCUGAUGGUGCAGAUGAAGCAGUACCAGAGACAGGAGCUGAGUUACAGCGAGUGUUUUCACAAGCUGUAGUGCAAAGCUUUCAUAGCAUCCGGCUCUGA